CGGAACUCAGUCGCAUGGUGCAUGAUUGACUGUUUACAUCUCAGAAGCUGUGCUGAAGACGACUAUGGUUUUUUUAACAACAUUUAGAGGACAGUAAUGAUAUUAAUAUUUCUGUAGGCGUCGGAUAAACGUUAUAUACACAAGCGUUUCUUGACAGCACGUUUGUUGUUUACACGCAACAAGAAUCUCCACUGCAUCUCAUCGACAAAAUGCGAGAAACAGUUAUAUUCAUUCUGCUGACUGGAGUAAUAACUAUGACAAGAGCUGACGACUGUCAAGCGGUGAACUUCGGUCACGGUUCGGUUGUGUGCGUGUGCAAUGCGACAUUCUGCGACUCGGUGGGGCGGAUUGUGUUGCCAGGUCCCGGUCAGUUCUUGUCAUAUGUCAGCAGUAAAACUGGCAGCAGACUUGUGAGGAGUCAAGGCCAGUUUCAGAAGAACGGCACAGGUGCAGCUCUUAGAAUUACUCUGAAUCCCAGUCAGAAGUAUCAGCGCAUUAAAGGAUUCGGGGGAGCCAUGACAGAUGCGGCAGCCAUGAAUAUUCAGUCCCUGUCCUCUGGAGCUCAGGACCAGCUGCUCAGACAGUACUUCUCCCCAGAUGGUAUAGAGUACCGUUUUGUUAGAGUGCCGAUGGCCAGUUGUGAUUUCUCAACUCGCCUCUACACAUACGCUGACACUCCAGGAGACUACGAUCUCAAGAACUUCACACUGGCUGAGGAGGAUGUUCACAUGAAGAUUCCCCUGCUGCAGCGGGCACAGGCUCUCUCUGCUAAACCACUCAAUCUAUUUGCCAGUGCCUGGAGUGCCCCCGCCUGGCUAAAGACCAAUGGUGCACUGACUGGGAAAGGCACCCUCAAAGGCAAGCCAGGAGGCAGAGAGCAUAAGACCUGGGCUCAGUACUACAUCAGGUUUCUAGAGGAGUAUCAGAAAUAUAAUCUUUCUUUCUGGGGCUUGACGUCAGGAAAUGAGCCCACUGCAGGCGAAAUGACAAAUUACAGUUUUCAGGCUUUGGGUUUUACUCCGGAGACACAGCGAGACUGGAUUGCCCUGGAUCUGGGUCCAGGACUCCAUUCCUCAUCCUUUUCACAGACCCGCCUUAUGAUCCUUGAUGACAACCGAAUUCUGCUUCCACACUGGGCCAAAGUGGUUCUGAGUGACAUACAAGCGGCACGUUAUGUACACGGGAUUGGUUUUCACUGGUAUCUGAACAAAAUUGCGCCAGCUGACAUCACCCUGACAGCCACACACCACCUCUACCCGGAGUACUUCCUGUUUGGAACCGAGGCGUGUGCUGGGUGGGAUCCGCUGGAUCGCGGGGUGCGUCUGGGCAGCUGGGACAGAGCAGAAGACUAUGCACAUGACAUCAUACAGGACCUGAAUAACUAUGUGACAGGCUGGACAGACUGGAACUUGGCCCUUAAUCAGGACGGAGGGCCAAACUGGGUUAAGAACUUUGUGGACAGCACCAUUAUUGUGGACUCAAGUAAAGACAUCUUCUACAAGCAGCCCACCUUCUACAGCAUGGCCCACUUCAGCAAGUUCCUGUGGGAGGAGUCACAGAGAGUGGGCGUGUCCUUCAGUCAGCACACCAGCCUGGAAGUUUCUGCCUAUAUCAGAUCCGAUGCCUCAGCCGUGUUAAUCAUUCUAAACAGGUCUGAUGAAGAGGUGCAGUUUGAAGUUUGGGAUCAAACGCUGGGCUUCUUGCCAGGAAGUGCUCCACCUCACUCCAUCCUCACGCUACUGUGGAGCAGACGCUGAACGGCUGUACCAAACACCGGAUGACAACAAGCCACACAUGCACCUUAAUGACUAACUCAAAUCAUUUCAGUCAAGCUUGAGCCAGUAACAUUUCAAAUGACUGCAGCAACCACGAUUACAAAGACAUCUUUUCACUCGACUCGAGAGUGGGUUAUAAUCUAAGCCUUAAGGCAAGCUGUUUUGAUUCUCACUAGGAUUUAAAAGUCAAAAAAUGAUUUAUGGAACAAUUAUCAGUUUUAAAGGCAAUAAAAACCACAGUCGUGUUUUAACAAGUAAAGCUAACAUUCCUGGAAAAACUUGAUGCAUUAAAUUCCUCGCACUGAACACUCUAAGAAUUAAAAGGACACAAUAAAUG